AUGCAGAGCAGAGCGGCAGCCCCCGGACGGGCAUCGGCUCAGACCAGGAGGACAGCAAACCCAUCACGCUGGAUUCAACAGACUUCCAGGAAAGCUUCGUCACCUCGGGGGUGUUCAGCGUCACCGAGCUCAUCCAGGUGUCCCGAAGUGAGUGCCACAUGCUGCCACCCCCCCGGAGCCAGCUGGGCACCCUGCAGGGCCACCUGGCCUACGACCUGAACCCCUCCAGCACCGGCAUGAGGAGGACACUGCCCAGCACCUCCUCCAGCGGGAGCAAACGGCACAAGUCGGGGUCCAUGGAGGACGACAUCGACACCAGCCCGGGGGGCGAGUACUACACCUCCUCCAACUCCCCCACCAGCAGCAGCCGCAACUGGACAGAAGACAUGGAAGGGG